AUGGCGCCGCUGUCCUGGGGAUUGAAGGUCAAGAAGAAGCUAAAGACUGUGGCUCCCCACCUUGGAAAGUUCAGACCCAGUGUCGGCCAGUGCUGCCAGCAGUGUACGCCUGACAGCCUUGGCAGGAAUUAUGGACAGAACUCUACUUCCCUGGGCUUCCAGAACCUAUUGAGUGUGAAAGAGACGCACACCAGGUACAGAGGCUGGCUGGUGAGAAGGCUGUGUUAUGUGCUGUUUGUCAGGGGACGCAGGGUGGAGCCCAGUACUGCUACUGACAGGCUGGACAGAGUAUGGAAGAGUGACAGGGUACAGAAGGCUCUCUCCAUCCCCCAUACACCCUCUAUGUUGGAAGACAUUAAGGAACCAUUUACUUGUCUCUCCCCGUACCACCUCCUCAUCAACACCUGCAUCUACCCACCUCUUCUUCGGUAUGUGUGCUGGCUAGCGCUGAAGCUUCUAAAGUGUGUAUUCUGUAGUGUUCAAGUUAACCUGAACCAUCUGGCUUCCCUACAGAGAGCUGCACAGAAGGGUUGCCCCCUGGUGUACGUGUGUGAGCAUCAGAGUGUGGUGGAUUUUGUCCUGCUGCCCCUGGUCCUGUUCUGCUACAACCUUAGGGUGCCGUACACGAUUUGCCCUCUGCAGAUACACACAUCCUGGAUACGGUCUGUCCUGCAAAAGCUGGGCGUGGUUCUCCUCCCUAUUGGUGCCAACAGUGAAGAGGAUGCUCAUAUUAACAGCCUCCACUCACCAAUCAUGACCUCAGUGUUGGGGGAGCUGUUGUGUGAGGGGCAGGCCGUGAGUGUGUGUGUGUCUGGGCUGAGUGGGCAGGGAGGGCAGUGGUUGGCACGACUCCAUCAAAUCAUGCUGGAGGGGGCCAUGCCCACUGUCUGCCUGGUGCCCGUUGGCAUCUCUUACGACUGUGUUCCCCAAGCCAGCACAAAGAUGGGUGUUCGGUCUGCAGUGAGGUGUGUGUGGUCAAUGCUCCAGGGCAGAUACAGAGGCAGUGUCAGGGUCCACUUUUCCCAGCCCUUCUCUUUCCAGGAGAUGUGUGAGUCUGGGAGGUGCAGAUCGGAUGGAGGGCGUCCCCUACAUAAUCUGCUGCUUCCUGCCAUCCUAGAGAACAGGAAGGAAUCCAUAUUUGGUCAGAGGAAGUUGUCGUGGGUCCUUCCUCCUCAGUACAUGCCUGAGUUGAGCCAAUCAGAGCGAGAGGUGGGCAUGACCCUCACCCUCCACCUGUUGUACUCUACUACUUCCUGUAAGGCUUUGAUGUGCACCAGCCUAAUGUCCUGUCUUCUGCUGCACAGACACCGCAAGGGAGUUAGUGUGGAGACUCUGUGUCGGGACCUGGUCUGGCUCAUUGAGGAGGUCCUGUUUAGGAACAAGGAUGUGGGCUUUGGGGGCAGUCUGGUCCAUGUGGUCCACCAUGCACUUACUCUGCUCCAGCCCUGCCUGCUCCUCACCAACCUUCCCUCCAGGAAAAACCCCCUCAUCACCCCUCACCCCUCCCUCUCCACCACCCUCACCUUGACCUUCUAUGCCCAGAAGGUCACAGCAACCUUCAUCCUGGAGGCAGUUGGAGCAUGUGCAGUGUCGGCCAUGCUGUCGGAGGUGGCAGGCAGUGAGAUGGGCUUUGGGUCCAGCCAGAAAGGUCAAGAAGUCGGAGAGGAUCUGGAGUUUGACGUGGUGCUUUGCCAAGAAGAGCUGACCGAGAGGGCUCUGCAGCUCUGCCUCCUACUGCCACCUGGGCUGCUGCCUCCUUGUCAGUCUUCUCAUAGUUUUGCUCUGGAUGCAGUUGACAGUCUGGUGCGUUGUGGAAUCCUUGUUAUGGAGGAGGUUCCCAGAGACACACCUCUGUGUGACUUCUGGACCAAGCGGAGUCCUCAGACCUGGAGCUCCUCAGACAACCCUGACAGCGACUCUGACCAUGAGGAGCAGGACUCUCGCUCAUACAAGGUCAGCCAGCCCUCUCAGUGUCCAGAAAUGCUGUUUUUCCUCUGCAGUCUGCUGUCUGGCCAGCUGAGGGCACUUUGCUGGGCCACAGAGGGACUGCACCUCCUGUACACACCUCAACCAGAGCCAGUGUGUUUGACUCAGGUACAUUCCCAUCUGUGUGAAACAGCCGAGAGAGUGAGAAAUCACUACGAGAGCUGCUCAGAGGAGGUGGCAUGCACCACAGUCAGAACACUGAUAGACCUUGGGGUCCUGGAGGAGCAGCUCCAGGGAGGGAGAGUGUUCCUCAGGGUCAGUCUUCUCUUCCAGCAACUGGGCAACCAGCAACAACUGCAACGCUUUAUCUCACAGUACCUGUUUGACUAACUCCCACACACACCACUCUUACAUAAGUUCAUAUGUACUGUGUACCACUAACUGAUAGAUAUGAACCCUAAAGACAUAAGACAGCAGAGUUAUGUGUUUAUUAUUGUCUCUGUUUACCUCAAGCGUUCCCGCUUUGGACCAGAAGGGGUUGUUGUCCCGUAGUUC